CGUUCCAGUACCCAACAGAGGCUCUCAAAAUGAAGGUCUUAUUUUUAGCAGCUGUGUUGAUGGUGUGCAGGGAGGCGGCUGGAGGUCUGCCCCUGGCGCCGUACGCAUAUACCAGCCCCUUGGGAAUCGCUAGGCCAGCGUUGGCUCCUUACGCGGUAGCACCGGCCAUUGCUAAAGUCGCCCCUGUUGAAGAUUACGAUCCUAACCCUCAGUAUUCUUACGCUUAUGACAUACAAGAUGCUCUUACUGGUGACUCUAAGAGCCAACAAGAGACACGCUCUGGUGACGUAGUUCAAGGCUCCUACUCGCUGGUAGAUCCUGAUGGCACUCGGCGCGUGGUCGAGUACACCGCUGACCCACACAAUGGUUUCAACGCAGUCGUACACAGACAACCUCUGGGUGCAGUCAAAGCUGUUGCACCUGGAUACUUGCACUAAUUUUGAUGCUAUAAACGCGCUUGUUGCAACUUUUUUUAAAAGCUCUCUAAAUUGUGUGAAUUAUAAUAUUUUAUCAGUUUAUUUGAAUGUAAAGUUGUGUUUAAGCAAGCGUAUAUGGCCUCUGUGACCUGAACCUAUUUGUAUUGUUGCCGAAAUGUUUGUUUAUUUUGUAGUGUUUUGUUUUAAAUGUUAAUAUACUAGGGUAAUAAAUUAGAG